AUGAAAGAAUCAAUUGGAACUGUUAUAGAAUCAUCACCUACAACACCUACAAAAUCACCACCUAGAGUUUUGAUGGAAGCAUCAAUUGGAACUGUUAUAGAAUCAUCUCCUACAACACCUACAAAAUCACCAUCUAGAGCUUCGAUGAAAGAUUCAAUUGCAACUGUUAUAGAAUCAUCACCUACAACAGCUACAAAAUCACCACCUAGAGUUUCGAUCGAAGAAGCAUCAUCUAGAGUGCCGUCAAACUUAUUAAUUAGAACCCUUACGAAAACAUCACACAGAAUCCCUACAAAAACACCCCCCAGAACUUCUACAAAAUCGUCAUCUCUCAUGGAGUCAUCAAUUGGAGUUUCCAUGAAAAUAUCAGAUAGAACUUCAACAAGUGUAUCGACACUAUCACAAUUAAUUGAAAUGACAUCAUCUAUGAUGGCAGAAACAUCCACUUCUCUUGCAAAACAUCACAUACCAUGGAAAUUAACAAAGAAAUCCUUUACUAAGGGAUCUACGAUCUCACUAAUAACACAUACUGCUGAUGACAUAUCCGUGCCCACGACUACACCAAUAAACACGAUCAACCCAGUGAAAACCAACGAUUCCACCACAGUCAAUGAAAUUAAAUCAGCAGUACCAAGAAUGUUGUUAACUUCAGCAGUAACGACUGAAACGCAUAUUGCAGAAGAUGUUACAGCAGUACCUAACCACACAGUUAAUGGCCAUCCCUUUGACAAAUCUACCUCAACAGUGAAUACAACGUCAGCAUCGAGAAAACAUAGCCAAACACUUGUACUGACGGGUUCAAACAAACUAGAUAUAACUGGAUAUAAUAAAGACGCCACAACGUUGAUUCGUGGAGAAGAUACCCAUUCCAUAUCCACUGAUGGAAAUACAAUACACAGCUUGUUGGUCAGCUCAAGAUCAGUUUCAAAUGUUCUAGCACGAACACCAAAGAAUAUACAAUCAACAUUCACACAUAGUACAAUAAGUCAAACUAACAAUUUAAUUCCUGAGAAAACCACAACAACUGACGUCAAGGGAGGUGCCAAUACAGCAUCAUUUAUAACGACUGAUACACGUGUAUCAUAUACAACUGGAGUAUAUGAGGCCAGUGCAACCAAAACAUUGUGUAAUGCUGUACAUCAAAAAGUACAGAGUAAAGCUGUCUUCUUUUUUGAUGCCGUUUCCAUGGCAUUUGUGUUUACGAAGAAUGGAGGCAUGGCUGCUGCACUAAAGUGGCGUCUUGAUUAA